CAAGUAUUUGUGAGGGUCAAACAGCCAUUUGUGAGGGUCAAAUACUCAUUUUUGAGGGUUAAACUGGUUUUGGCGAGGUCAGACCCGUUUGGGGGCGGUCAGGCCGGUUUUGCCUCGUGUGGCCCCAAAGCCGCGCGGUUUUUGGGGUGUCCCCGAGCCCGCGCCGUUUUUGGGGUGACCCCGAGCCCUCGGUGCCCCCUCCCCCAGGAGAAUUACGAGGAUCCCCACAAGACGCCGGCGUCGCCCGUGGUUCACAUCCGCGGCCUCAUCGACGGCAUCGUGGAGGCCGAUCUGGUGGAGGCGCUGCAGGAGUUCGGGCCCAUCAGCUACGUGGUGGUGAUGCCCAAGAAGCGCCAGGCCCUGGUGGAGUUCGAGGACAUCCUGGGCGCCUGCAACGCCGUGAACUACGCCGCCGACAACCAGAUCUACUUUGCGGGACACCCGGCCUUCGUCAACUACUCCACCAGCCAGAAAAUCUCCCGGCCCGGGGACAGCGAGGACGCGCGGGGCGUCAACAACGUGCUGCUCUUCACCAUCCUCAACCCCAUCUACUCCAUCACCACGGUGAGGCUGGGGGCUUACUGGGGUUUGUUGGGGUUUUAUUGGGGUUUGUUGGGAUGUUGGUGGGGUUUAUUGGGGUGUUGGUGGGGUUUGGGGUCACCACCACCGUGUUGCUCUUCACCAUCUUCAACCCCAUCUACGCCAUCACCACGGUGAGGCUGGGGGCUUACUGGGGUUUGUUGGGGUUUUAUUGGGGUUUGUUGGGAUGUUGGUGGGGUUUAUUGGGGUGUUGGUGGGGUUUGGGGUCACCACCACCGUGUUGCUCUUCACCAUCUUCAACCCCAUCUACGCCAUCACCACGGUGAGGCUGGGGGCUUACUGGGGUUUGUUGGGGUUUUAUUGGGGUUUGUUGGGAUGUUGGUGGGGUUUAUUGGGGUGUUGGUGGGGUUUGGGGUCACCACCACCGUGUUGCUCUUCACCAUCUUCAACCCCAUCUACGCCAUCACCACGGUGAGGCUGGGGGCUUACUGGGGUUUGUUGGGGUUUUAUUGGGGUUUGUUGGGAUGUUGGUGGGGUUUAUUGGGGUGUUGGUGGGGUUUGGGGUCACCACCACCGUGUUGCUCUUCACCAUCUUCAACCCCAUCUACGCCAUCACCACGGUGAGGCUGGGGGCUUACUGGGGUUUGUUGGGGUUUUAUUGGGGUUUGUUGGGAUGUUGGUGGGGUUUAUUGGGGUGUUGGUGGGGUUUGGGGUCACCACCACCGUGUUGCUCUUCACCAUCUUCAACCCCAUCUACGCCAUCACCACGGUGAGGCUGGGGGCUUACUGGGGUUUGUUGGGGUUUUAUUGGGGUUUGUUGGGAUGUUGGUGGGGUUUAUUGGGGUGUUGGUGGGGUUUGGGGUCACCACCACCGUGUUGCUCUUCACCAUCUUCAACCCCAUCUACGCCAUCACCACGGUGAGGCUGGGGGCUUACUGGGGUUUGUUGGGGUUUUAUUGGGGUUUGUUGGGAUGUUGGUGGGGUUUAUUGGGGUGUUGGUGGGGUUUGGGGUCACCACCACCGUGUUGCUCUUCACCAUCUUCAACCCCAUCUACGCCAUCACCACGGUGAGGCUGGGGGCUUACUGGGGUUUGUUGGGGUUUUAUUGGGGUUUGUUGGGAUGUUGGUGGGGUUUAUUGGGGUGUUGGUGGGGUUUGGGGUCACCACCACCGUGUUGCUCUUCACCAUCUUCAACCCCAUCUACGCCAUCACCACGGUGAGGCUGGGGGCUUACUGGGGUUUGUUGGGGUUUUAUUGGGGUUUGUUGGGAUGUUGGUGGGGUUUAUUGGGGUGUUGGUGGGGUUUGGGGUCACCACCACCGUGUUGCUCUUCACCAUCUUCAACCCCAUCUACGCCAUCACCACGGUGAGGCUGGGGGCUUACUGGGGUUUGUUGGGGUUUUAUUGGGGUUUGUUGGGAUGUUGGUGGGGUUUAUUGGGGUGUUGGUGGGGUUUGGGGUCACCACCACCGUGUUGCUCUUCACCAUCUUCAACCCCAUCUACGCCAUCACCACGGUGAGGCUGGGGGCUUACUGGGGUUUGUUGGGGUUUUAUUGGGGUUUGUUGGGAUGUUGGUGGGGUUUAUUGGGGUGUUGGUGGGGUUUGGGGUCACCACCACCGUGUUGCUCUUCACCAUCUUCAACCCCAUCUACGCCAUCACCACGGUGAGGCUGGGGGCUUACUGGGGUUUGUUGGGGUUUUAUUGGGGUUUGUUGGGAUGUUGGUGGGGUUUAUUGGGGUGUUGGUGGGGUUUGGGGUCACCACCACCGUGUUGCUCUUCACCAUCUUCAACCCCAUCUACGCCAUCACCACGGUGAGGCUGGGGGCUUACUGGGGUUUGUUGGGGUUUUAUUGGGGUUUGUUGGGAUGUUGGUGGGGUUUAUUGGGGUGUUGGUGGGGUUUGGGGUCACCACCACCGUGUUGCUCUUCACCAUCUUCAACCCCAUCUACGCCAUCACCACGGUGAGGCUGGGGGCUUACUGGGGUUUGUUGGGGUUUUAUUGGGGUUUGUUGGGAUGUUGGUGGGGUUUAUUGGGGUGUUGGUGGGGUUUGGGGUCACCACCACCGUGUUGCUCUUCACCAUCUUCAACCCCAUCUACGCCAUCACCACGGUGAGGCUGGGGGCUUACUGGGGUUUGUUGGGGUUUUAUUGGGGUUUGUUGGGAUGUUGGUGGGGUUUAUUGGGGUGUUGGUGGGGUUUGGGGUCACCACCACCGUGUUGCUCUUCACCAUCUUCAACCCCAUCUACGCCAUCACCACGGUGAGGCUGGGGGCUUACUGGGGUUUGUUGGGGUUUUAUUGGGGUUUGUUGGGAUGUUGGUGGGGUUUAUUGGGGUGUUGGUGGGGUUUGGGGUCACCACCACCGUGUUGCUCUUCACCAUCUUCAACCCCAUCUACGCCAUCACCACGGUGAGGCUGGGGGCUUACUGGGGUUUGUUGGGGUUUUAUUGGGGUUUGUUGGGAUGUUGGUGGGGUUUAUUGGGGUGUUGGUGGGGUUUGGGGUCACCACCACCGUGUUGCUCUUCACCAUCUUCAACCCCAUCUACGCCAUCACCACGGUGAGGCUGGGGGCUUACUGGGGUUUGUUGGGGUUUUAUUGGGGUUUGUUGGGAUGUUGGUGGGGUUUAUUGGGGUGUUGGUGGGGUUUGGGGUCACCACCACCGUGUUGCUCUUCACCAUCUUCAACCCCAUCUACGCCAUCACCACGGUGAGGCUGGGGGCUUACUGGGGUUUGUUGGGGUUUUAUUGGGGUUUGUUGGGAUGUUGGUGGGGUUUAUUGGGGUGUUGGUGGGGUUUGGGGUCACCACCACCGUGUUGCUCUUCACCAUCUUCAACCCCAUCUACGCCAUCACCACGGUGAGGCUGGGGGCUUACUGGGGUUUGUUGGGGUUUUAUUGGGGUUUGUUGGGAUGUUGGUGGGGUUUAUUGGGGUGUUGGUGGGGUUUGGGGUCACCACCACCGUGUUGCUCUUCACCAUCUUCAACCCCAUCUACGCCAUCACCACGGUGAGGCUGGGGGCUUACUGGGGUUUGUUGGGGUUUUAUUGGGGUUUGUUGGGAUGUUGGUGGGGUUUAUUGGGGUGUUGGUGGGGUUUGGGGUCACCACCACCGUGUUGCUCUUCACCAUCUUCAACCCCAUCUACGCCAUCACCACGGUGAGGCUGGGGGCUUACUGGGGUUUGUUGGGGUUUUAUUGGGGUUUGUUGGGAUGUUGGUGGGGUUUAUUGGGGUGUUGGUGGGGUUUGGGGUCACCACCACCGUGUUGCUCUUCACCAUCUUCAACCCCAUCUACGCCAUCACCACGGUGAGGCUGGGGGCUUACUGGGGUUUGUUGGGGUUUUAUUGGGGUUUGUUGGGAUGUUGGUGGGGUUUAUUGGGGUGUUGGUGGGGUUUGGGGUCACCACCACCGUGUUGCUCUUCACCAUCUUCAACCCCAUCUACGCCAUCACCACGGUGAGGCUGGGGGCUUACUGGGGUUUGUUGGGGUUUUAUUGGGGUUUGUUGGGAUGUUGGUGGGGUUUAUUGGGGUGUUGGUGGGGUUUGGGGUCACCACCACCGUGUUGCUCUUCACCAUCUUCAACCCCAUCUACGCCAUCACCACGGUGAGGCUGGGGGCUUACUGGGGUUUGUUGGGGUUUUAUUGGGGUUUGUUGGGAUGUUGGUGGGGUUUAUUGGGGUGUUGGUGGGGUUUGGGGUCACCACCACCGUGUUGCUCUUCACCAUCUUCAACCCCAUCUACGCCAUCACCACGGUGAGGCUGGGGGCUUACUGGGGUUUGUUGGGGUUUUAUUGGGGUUUGUUGGGAUGUUGGUGGGGUUUAUUGGGGUGUUGGUGGGGUUUGGGGUCACCACCACCGUGUUGCUCUUCACCAUCUUCAACCCCAUCUACGCCAUCACCACGGUGAGGCUGGGGGCUUACUGGGGUUUGUUGGGGUUUUAUUGGGGUUUGUUGGGAUGUUGGUGGGGUUUAUUGGGGUGUUGGUGGGGUUUGGGGUCACCACCACCGUGUUGCUCUUCACCAUCUUCAACCCCAUCUACGCCAUCACCACGGUGAGGCUGGGGGCUUACUGGGGUUUGUUGG